UGGUGAUGUCAUGGCCACGAGAGGCAGGAUAGUGCUGUUAGUAUGCUGUGCCAGCUCUGUUGGUGGGUGUGUGCAGCGAAGGCAAGGAACAACUCCGUUAAGUGCAGAGAGCUUGUGUCAGAGGCUUACAGUUGUCGUCAGCACUGAGAGCAGAAUUUGGGACUCUUCAAAAGCAAUACUGAAUCAGAAAUUUCCCAGUCAUUCAUAACUCUGAAGCUGCCUAACUCUUUGUGUGCAAGAGGGGGGGAUGCCAGCCCGUAGCAUGGACUGUGAUGUCUCCACUCUGGUUGCCUGUGGGGUGGAUGUGGAGAUUUUUACCAAUCAAGAGGUUAAGGAGAAAUUUGAGGGCUUGUUCCGUGCCUACGAUGACUGUGUGACUUUCCAGCUGUUUAAAAGCUUCAGGCGUGUGCGGAUAAACUUCAGUAGUCCUAACUCAGCUGCUCGUGCUAGGAUAGAGCUGCAUGAAACACAGUUCAGAGGGAAAAAGCUAAAGCUAUACUUCGCACAGGUCCAGACCUCUGAGACAGAUGGGGACAAGCUUCAUUUGGCUCCACCACAGCCUGCAAAACAGUUUCUCAUCUCCCCUCCGGCCUCUCCUCCUGUAGGAUGGCAACCAAUAGAUGACGCAACACCUGUCAUCAACUAUGACCUCCUUUAUGCAGUUUCUAAACUAGGACCAGGAGAGAAGUACGAGCUGCAUGCAGGGACAGAGUCCACCCCGAGCGUGGUGGUGCACGUCUGCGACAGUGACGCAGAGGAAGAAGAGGACCCAAAGAAUUCUCCCAAACCAAAAAUUAUCCAGACCCGGCGCCCCGGCCUGCCUCCUCCGGUAUCUAACUGAGUAUCCCCAGCAGAAGCAGCAUUCCCCUCCUUGAGCUCGCCUCUUUCUUUCUCUGUUUGCUUGGUUUUGUUGAAGGGCAGCUGUUGCCACAUGGGUACCAGGACAUCCAGCUCAUUGAAAUCCCUUCCCUUUGACUAAGCCUAUCUAAUGAAAGGGCUAGGAAAACAUCUUUUGACUACAUAAGCAUAUCACAUGCCAUCUGGAAGGGACUAAAACCGGCUGGGGAGGGGUUUUCACUUCAUAAUGCUGCACACCAUAACGAUAGCAGAGCCAGAAGUAUCACCAAGUACACUAGUGAUGGGCACGUUAGCUGGCAUCAGGACUAAUAUUCACACACCAGAACAUCAGUUUCUGCUCCCCUUCCCAAAGGGGGACUCAAACCUGACUUCCCCCUUCUCCCUCAUGAGUUACCUGGUUUUAUUUUAUGAGGUGGCAGCUUGAUGGCCUUAAACCAUUCCCCUCCACCUGCCAAGCAAGGGGGAGCCCACAGCUCCCCCUGGGAACUUGCUCCAGGAGGCAGCAAGUUCACUACAUUUUUCAGCAAUAGUAGAAGGAAUGAAACACUCCUGCCCCUUCAGCUGCAGAAAACUCUAGGCCUUUCAUUCUGGCGGUAGCGUGCCGUGGGCAAUGGAGGCCAAAGCAGCUUAUGAAGGGUCAGAUGUCCUUCAUUUGUUUUUCUUCCAAUGAAAGAAGCCAGGCUGCCAGCAGUAGGGAAUCCUCACUUUCCCUCUCAUUAGGAGCGGUACAAGUGGUACUUCCCUGUCCUGCUCCCUUGAGUUUAAGGAAGAAGAAACCAUCUCUCAAUUGCAUUGUCUUUUCUUUGCUAUCUCAUGGUAGUAGCAAACCCCAGGGGUAGGUAGAGGUUUCUGGGGUAGCUAAAUAGCCCUGACACUCCAGCUAUUAGCAAAUAUUUGCCCAUCUCAAAUAAUCAGCUUUUCCCUCCUUUGCUUGAUGUGUUUUAGGCCCAUAUUGAGGUGUAUGCAGUCUUUUUUCAGGCCAAAUAAAACAGGACCAUCAUUAAACUUGAACUUAAACUGCAUGAAAUUUACUUGCCUGUUCCACGCGGUCCUGCACACCCCUGCCACUCACAAGAUGUGCAGAAUUACCAAUGCUUUCUUAAGCUUUCAUCGUGGCUGGUAGCAGGCAGUACUUAAGACACAUCCAGAGUUUCUGUCUGGGCUGAUCCUCCAUAUUAAUUUUUCUCAUGCACACUCACCAUUUUGAGAACAUGCUUUAGGGAUCUAAGCCCUGAAUUUGCAAGUGCAUAGGCAUGUGCUUAACUUUAGGCAUAUUAGUAGUUCCAUUGAAAUUAGUAUUAGAAAAAAUUAAGCAUGUGCACUAAACAUGUCAGGAUCAAGGCACAGUGAAUUGCAGUUCUGCUUCCCUUGAAGAGAUUCAAAGCUCCUCUGCUCAACGCUUGGAAGCUUGCUCUAGGUUCUGAAAGUGAUACUCAUUUCUGUCAUCGAGAUUCUGCCAUAAAGCCUUGGAGUGAGUUUCUGAGAGAAGGCAGUGGCAGGAUCUGAAUUAAUUAUGUGGAUAUUCAGGUUUCGGUAGAAUCGAGCUCACAUUGGUCUUGGCUGAGUAAAUUCAGAGGAGCAAAAGCAGAUUGUCACUGCACUCUGCAGAAAGAGUGCUUAAAACACCUGGGGAGAACACAUCUGAGGGAGUAAGAACAGGCCAUUUUUAUACUUUCCUAACCAUUGCCAUUUUUGAGUAUUCUUGCUGAACAAGAGUUUUGCCUGUGCACAAACCUUAAAGCAGUGCUUCUCAGUGCAUAUGGGCACUGCUUUGCGUAUGAUAAUACCUAGGUUAAACAAGCAUGUUCAGUGCAAAAGAAAUCGAUGUAACCUAAAAGGGACUUGACUAACAGCUUUUUGGUAAAGAAGUAAAUGCUCUUUUAAAGAAUAGGUUUUCAGAUGUUUCACUUUGUUGCUUUACAGUGAUGCAUUCAAAAUUGAUUUAAACAGUGAAGAGUAUAUGAUUUUGAAUAACCAUGUACUCGGGGACUACAAUCUGAGCACUCUGAUUGCAAACAGUACAGAAGGCAACUUUGUACAAGGAGUACAAUCCUCUUUUUAGUCCCCAAGUAGAUGAAAAGCUAGUUUGAUAUUAGGACCCAUUGGUUUUAGACAGGAUUACACUUGAAUAGUACUUUUACAUGAAGGUUAUAUUGAACACAUUCCUCAGUAAAAUAGUCACUUUGAUGCGGAAGACAUUUUAAGACCAGAUCCUCAGCUGUUCUGUUAUCAUAGUUCCACUGCAUCCAGUGUACAUUAACUGAGGAGCAGAAACUCAGCCCUUGUAACACAUCCAAACUUUUGGGAAGUUUGGAUCUACAAUGUUUAGGCGCCACUCUAAUUGAUUCACACAUCUUACUGUGAGUGAUGCAGUUUUAGUUUAAUGUUUUCCUAAAUGUCUCAUUAUCUCAAAGUGCACUAUGGGAUACAUGUAUGAGGAACAGUUAAAAGUUGGCUCCGUUCACUGACUACUCUCUGUCCUAAAAGUGGGGCUGUCGGUUACUAUCCUGGAAGGAGUGGGAAACAGCUUCAUUUCUAAUCCCCAGAAAUAAAACCACAGUUGGAAGAUUGGAGUGACUCAGAGAACAUCCAGUGGCAGCUGCAAUCAAGGUUUAUAAAUCACUUUAUAUAAAUUGCCAUUGGCAAAGAAAAAUAAUUCUGAUGAUAUAACCUCACUACCAUGACACUAAGAGCAUUUGUAAGUUUGUCAAGAGAGCUUUGUAUCUCACCAGCAGCCAAAUCCUGACUGGUGUAAACAAACAGGCUUAUGACCAUUUUGAAUAGUAAAUGUUUAGGUAAAAUUAGGAGUUCAGAUCUUGUGUUUCCAUAGUAGGCGAAACCCCUAUUGACUUCAGUGGGGAUUUAUCUGUGUAGCAACUACAGACUCAGCUACUGUCUUUCACUUGUCUAUUUGCAACACUGAGAAAUUGAUUCUGCUUUGUAACUGCUAUAAAUCAAGACUAUUAGCUGCAUUACAUUACUCCUAAUUCGUGUUGAUUUCAAUGAUUAAGAAAUUCUCCCAAUUCUUUUAAUUUGCUUUCCCAAUAGGAGUAGGACACUAUUGAAAUGGUUUAUCAGCAGUGAAAUGGCACCCUCGUGUGGCUUCUUUGAUCGCAUUUCUGGUUAGAAAUGAAGCUAAUAGUGGAAGAAGUCUACAAGUGCUGUUUCUGUUCUCCUCUCUUGAUUUGUCCUCUCCCGUUUUCUCAGAAUUUAGACUCUUAAAUAUACAAGUACAUGUACAAAGUAUGUAACCACCCUACAGUCAAAGCAAGGAGUUCAGAUAUUUCGGAUGAGAAGUGUGGAGAAUGUGUAAAGCCCUAGUACCCGCUCGAGCUGCUGGAGAAACCCUCGAGCCCUCGUGGGGUUCUUGUCAUCAGUGGAAUAAUGCACUAGCAAGUCUUGUGGCAAAACCAACCAUCAAAGCCUUGCCCCACUGUCUGACCUAAAUGGAUCUGUCCUUUUGUUAAACCUUAAAUAAGGUCAAAAUAUGUCAAACCCUGCUCUUUUCACAUUUAUUUUGCUCCCAAUUUGGCUAGUUCUCUUUUCAUUCGGCAACAGGGAAAAAGGCCUUUCUUGAGACAAAGGGAAUGUCUUGCAAUCAGCCAUUAAAUCAUUGUGCAAGAUAUGAGUACAGCCUUGUGUUCUCACACUAUGACAGUUAACCAUGUGGCAGCAUUUCCAUUAUUCUGAACACACUUUAAAAAUAUUCUAGUUUUAUUUUAUAGGAGUAUUAAUGUUAUUAGCUAAUGAAUCACUUUUGCACUUGUAUAACUGAGAGCUUAGUUUUAAAAAAAUAAAUAUGGCAAACAAGGAGUUCUUGAUGUGUUCUUCUUGCUUUGGCAUUUUGAAAAGGGAUCUUUAAUGCUAAACUAUUCUGAUGAUCUGGCUAGCAUGAUGCUCACUGCUGGAUAGAUCAGAACUGCUUAAAUGUGCAUCACAGGCCACGUACUGGAGGUGAGUUAAAGUAACCGUGUGCUUUUGGAGCAGGAAGUUAAAGGAAAUGAGUAACAAUUGCAAGCUUGCUCUUCAGUCACUAUUGUUCUCAGGAGAAAUUAUGACUUAAUUCCUGGCAGGAUAUGAAGUAAAAUUCAAAUCUGAUCUAUAGUGCUGUGACUCCAGUGACUUGCUUGAAUUUGCACUACUUUAUAUCCUACCAUAACUGAAUUUGCCUGGGAUUGUGCACAAACAGUAUCUUGCAUCACUCCGAAAGAACAAAUAUGUGUCCCUGCCAACUUGAAAUGGUUCCACAGAUACUGUUAUAAAGAUAUGGGCAAACAUAGGGUGUGCAUGUGUGCGUGUAUACCUAUAUAUAUAUUUAAAUAGGUAUAUAUUAAAUAUAUUAAACACACACACACACACACAUAUAUAUUUAAAUAGUUAACUUGGCAUUGAGAUAAUACCCAACUUAAAAAAUAAAAUCCACUAACAUAGAUUAGCAUACUUAUUACCACAAAAUACCAGAGUACUGGCUUGUGGUCUACCAUGUCAACUUACAUAAGGUAUUUUUCUUCCUCUUCUGCAACAAUGUUGAAGUAUUGUUUUAUGAUUGAGGCAGAAGACUAGGAACUCAGAGAUCUGAAUUCUCUUAACUUCUCAACCAUAGAUUUCUUAUAUUUGACCUUGUGCCAGUCACUUAGGUCUAAAUUUGCAAAAUUAACUAGUGAUUUUGGUGUCCAAUUAGAAACACUGUAAGGGGAGCUGAUUUUCAAGGGGAAAAUGGGGAUUGUUUGUGAAAACUAACUCUUAAGAACUGAAGCACCCCAAGCUCUCAGUGUCUGAACUGUAAAAAGGCAAUAAUUUAUCAAAGGCUUUGGGAUCCAGGGUUGAAAUAUGCUAUAUAACCCCUCACUACUUUUUAGUGUUAUGCUGCAUGGGUACAGCAUGUAAGCUACAAGUAAGAUGUUUUAUCUGAUUUUUUUUUAAAUUUAAAAAUAGUCUUUGUGCAAUUUGUGUCCAAAUAGCGUGUGGAAAGGAACACUAUAGGCCCUGAAAUCAGUUCGGUGGUUGCAAUAGUGAAUACCUGUAUUUUCAGAGAGGCCUCAACUUUGCCUCCAUAUGGGCACAUCUUCAUAACAAAAUGCACAUGCACAAAACUCCAAUAGGUACUAAAUCCGCAGACAAAAAUGAAGGGUUACACCUCUGUAUUGGGCAUUAGCAUGCUCAAGCGAUAGCGUGCAGUAAGACUCUGAUCCUCCAAGGUGCUGAGUGACUCCCAAAAGUCAACGGGAUCUGAAAGCAUUUCUCAUUUACAGGAUUUGGGCUGUGCCUUAUUGGCUCAGUCCCUGACUGCGUGCAAUCAGUUUUGCAAGUGAAGUUGUGCAAAUGCAUUAUUAUGGAUCAUGGCAUGGGGCUGUAUAAAAUACAAAGAUACUCCAUGGUCCUGAAGAGCAAGCAUUGGCUAGGACUGUUCUUGUUACCAAUUCACUACUUGCACCUAAACCCCAGAGGGUCCUCAGCACCUUGCAAGAUUGGGCUUAAUGCUUUGUGCUGCCUGAUGACAAAAAGCUUGUGACUGAUUCAUUAGAAUAGUUGCCAGCUUCAGUACAACAAUUUAUUUGUGGAGAUCAUGACUCUGUAGUACUCUGCUGUGGAGCUGGAACUAUUUUCCCUGGGAGAGGGAUUUUGAGCAGGUCAUUAAGAAUAACCUUGAUUAAAAGUAAAUACUGAGUCUCCUGCUGGCCAUGUUUAUGUUCAGGAUUCUUUAAUAAACAGCAUUUAUAUGAAAUAAAAAAACAAAUCAGUGCUGUAGUUCUUUAGCCACCCCACUGAUUUAUGAAAAAGUGAAACCAUAUCUGAUCUUGAAGCUUUUGUACUCCCCUCCAAUAUCAGCAAUAUCAGUUACUAGAAUGUACUGGGUUUGCUUGUUGGAAAAAGCAAUGCCCAGAUUAAAAUUCUGCAGAGACCCAAGCCUUUCUUCCCCCCCCAGCAUAAUGCUACUGUAAUCAGCAGUCCUGUUGGUAAGGAUUUUGGCCCUGUUUGUUUUAGAAAGUCUAGUAGCUCACACUUUGUCCUAGAUUCAUCCGUACAGAAGAUCAUCUUUGCAAGAGGAUGUACAGUCUGACUAAAAGCCUCUCUACAGGUGCUGCACCUCUGGGUAGAUGUGCAAGCAGGGAUUUGCUGCAAGAGCUCUCUGUUGUCUAAUAUGCGUAACUGGAGCCCCUGUAGCUGCUUUGGCUGGGAAGAGAACAUAUGCAUCUAAAAGACAGCAUAACUGCAUGCCCCUUUACUCCUGGUGGGGCAGUGAGAUCAAGGAUCCUGUGAGAUCCUGUGUCCGUGGGAUUUGAGCUCAGAAGGCAUAAGGAAGCCUUCAGCUCACCUCAUUCCUUUCAUGAGGGUUAGGUUUACCUAACACACGUACACUCCCAAUGCAACAGUAAAAACCACCUGUUGACUCUUGGCAAUACAGCAGCUACAGGAGACUCAGUAGCAGACAUCUGGCUUGGGUGAGGACAGGGAACUUCAUCCUGCGAGGCACCGAUGAUCUUCACAGUCAGUAGGAAUUACAGACACUUAGGACCCAAAUAAAGACUUCAGGAUCUAACGCCAUAAAAUUUGGUAGCCAUGACGUAUACAAUAUAGUCCAAUCUUGCUCUCACUGAAGUCAACAUGGGCUUUCCCACUGCCUUCAGAGUAGGAUCAAGUGAGAAGAUGUAAACUGGUCUGUCUGUUAGAUGCUAGAAAAUCAGCCUUGUUUAAUAUAUCAUUGAAUGUGACUGGCCAUUAAUCUGGUGCAAAUUCAUUGUGUCUACAUUAGUGCUCUGACGACAUACACCAUUCAGUUUAGCAAAUAUGAAUGUUUUGAAUCUGUUCUAGAGCAGAGUGCUCCACGUUUAGACAUUUCUGACAGGAAUGUUGUCAUCCUUAUCGACUGAUCCUUAAUGUUGAUUUGGCAAACUGUCUUAGUGUGGUUAGCUACAGAAGUAUUUCAUGUAUGUUAUGUGGAUCUGAGACCACUGAUCAUGUUCUCCUCAUUCAAGUGUCUGGAUUUCUGACACGGAUGUGACAUAUCUGUACAUAUUAUAAAUCAAUACUAUUUUUAACCAUAUAUUUUGUACAAAUAUUCACAUUAGCUCUGUACUUCAGUGGAAAUCUAAUCUGGUAUUAAACAUUUUGGUGGAAUUA